AAUGUUCACAUGCUUUCUGAAGCACAGGGCUGGGGAUGUUAGUCGAGGAACCUUUUCCCAUCUAUCUUGACUUCACCUUUUUGUACCGUUUUCAACGUUAAUCAAGAUGGCCCAGUGGUUCCAGCUGCAGAAAUUAGACUCCAAGUACCUGGAGCAGGUGGAUCAGCUGUAUGAUGAUACUUUCCCUAUGGAGAUCCGCCAGUACCUCAGUGCCUGGAUAGAGAGCCAUGACUGGGACACGGUGGCAACCAGCGUUUCCCUGGCGACGGUCCGUUUCCAUGACCUAUUGGGCCAGGUGGACGACCAGUACAGCCGCUUCGCCCUGGAGAACAACUUCCUGUUGCAACACAAUGUACGCAAGAUUAAACGCAAACUGCAGGACCACUUUCAGGAGGACCCUUUGCACAUGGCCAUGACUAUAUGUACAUGUCUGAAAGAGGAGAAGAAAAUCCUGGCCUCCGUCUUAAAAAAAGAGGAAACCGUUGGGUCCGCACAAAACAACGUGAUGUUGGAGAAACAGAAAGAGUUGGACAACAAAGUCAAAAACCUGAGGAACCAAGUACAGGAUGUAGAGCAGGAAAUUAAGUCACUGGAGGACAUACAGGAUGAACAUGACUUUAAGAAGAAGACCCUGCUGAGCCGAGUGGAACAAGAGGUGAAUGGGAUGACACCGGUGGUACAGAAAGAGAUCCGUGAAGAGGAGAUGGUCAUCAGAGUGAUGUUCAUCAACCUCAACAAAACCAGAGAGGUGGUGGUGCAUCAGAUAGCUGACAUCCUGAACUUGGCCGGGCAGAUCCAGUACACCCUGGUGACGGAGGAGAUACCUGAGUGGAAGCACAGACAGCAGAUUGCGUGUAUCGGUGGUCCGCCUAAUGCCUGUCUAGACCAGCUACAAACCUGGUUCACUGCGGUGGCAGAGGGCUUACAGCAGGUACGACAGCAGCUGAAGAAGCUUCAGGAGCUGGAACAGAAGUACACGUACGAGAACGACCCCAUCACUCAGUGCAAAAGCACUCUGGAGGAACGCGCUCUCGUCCUGUUCAAGACCCUCAUUGUCAAUUCUAUCGUGGUGGAGAGACAGCCCUGUAUGCCCACUCACCCCCAAAGACCUCUGGUGCUGAAGACUGGGGUGCAGUUCACUGUCAAAAUCAGACUGCUGGUGAAGCUUCAGGAGUUCAACUACCAGUUCAAAGUCAAAGCUCUGUUUGACAAGGACGUGACUGAGAGGAAUACAGUGAGAGGGUUCCGGAAAUUCAACAUCUUUGGAACUAAUUCUAAGGUUAUGAACAUGGAGGAGUCCAAUGGAAGCUUGGCAGCAGAAUUCAGACACCUGCAACUAAAGGAGCAAAAGGUUACAGGCAACAGAACAAACGACGGUCCUCUCAUAGUGACAGAGGAGCUCCACUCCAUCAGCUUUGAGACACAACUCACUCAGCCAGGACUCCAGGUCAACCUGGAGACGACAUCCCUGCCCAUUGUGGUCAUCUCCAACAUUAGCCAGCUGCCCAGCGCCUGGGCCUCUGUCAUGUGGUACAACAUGCUGACCAGUGAGUCCAAGAAUCUGUCGUUCUUCCUGAGCCCUCCCCAGGCCACCUGGAGCCAGUUGUCGAAGGUGCUGAGUUGGCAGUUCUCCUCCAUAACCAAACGAGGCCUCAACGACGAGCAGCUGGGCAUGCUGGGAGACAAGCUCCUGGGUCGAGAGGCUGUAGGAAAUCCUAAUGGGCUCAUCCCCUGGACCAAAUUCUGCAAGAAUGUGAAUGAGAGGAGCUUUCCCUUCUGGCUGUGGAUCGAUGGAAUCCUGGACCUGAUCAAGAGACACCUCCUGUGUUUGUGGAAUGACGGGUGCAUCAUGGGCUUUGUCAGUAAGGAGAGAGAGAAGGCCCUGCUGAAGGACAAGGAGCCUGGGACUUUCCUGCUGCGUUUCAGCGAGAGCAGCCGGGAGGGAGCCGUCACCUUUACCUGGGUGGAGCACUCCAAUGACGAUGUCCAUUUCCACACGGUGGAGCCCUACACUAAGAAGGAGCUGGCCGCCGUCUCCUUCCCUGACAUCCUCCACAACUACAAGGUGAUGGCUGCCGAGAACAUCCCUGAGAACCCUCUGGUCUACCUCUACCCCAGGAUCCCCAAAGACAGCGCCUUAGCACGCUACUACAGCCGCCCCACAGAAGCCGCUGAGCCAAUGGAGUUGGAGAGUGAGUCUGAUGCUGGCUACGUUAAGAGGGAGCUUAUCUCUGUGUCUGAAUUCCACUCCAGACUACAGGACACCAUGAUGCCCAUGAGUCCUGAAGUGUACGGAGAGCUGACCAGGCUUAUUAACCCUGCUGAGAUUGAUACUGUGAUGUGCAAAGCUUUCCCAAACUAACCUGCCCUCUUCAGGCAGCGCCCCUUGGAAAACGUGUUACCCCCCUGCACCGAACUGAUCUGAAGACAUCCCAGAAAAAGGAUGUUGAUUAAGUUGAGAUUUGUUGGGUUUCCUUUGUAAAUACAACUAAAACUGUAUACAUAUAUAGUCUGUCAUUUUAAUGUACAUGCAUGAGAUUUUGGGGCUUCAACUCCAGCUGUUUGUAUUAAGGAAUGUCAUUCUUGUGUGACAGGAUAAUAUUUUGUGAAUGCAUAUGUAGUGUGUAAUAACUUAAGGUGGAAUGGUUAAGCUGUUAUACAGUGAGCUUCAAAAGUAUUGGGACAUUUGACACAUUUUUGUUGUUUUGGCUCUGUACUCCAGCACCAUGGGUUUGAAAUGAUACA